AUGACGCCCCGGGAACGCCUCCCAGGACGCCGCUGUGGUCUUUGCCGGCAUCCGGACACCGGCGGAAGGCUCCAUCGGCGGCCCAGCCCAGUGCUGCCACGGCAGUGGCCAGCAACCAACAUCCAGGCUGUCACGCCGGCGUUGGGAUAUAAUUCUAAUGAAGAAAAAUGCCAAUUGCUGACAAUUAAGGAACACUUAGAGGAAAUCUAUGAUAAUGCUAAUGAAGAAAAAUGCCAAUUGCUGACAAUUAAGGGCCAACUGCUGGUAGACAAGAAACUGAGAGAAGCUCGUAGCAAUGCAGAACACUUUGAAAUAAGCUCUUCUCCAUCUGUCCUUGGUACUGUGGGUCAAGAUGUGAUACUGCCAUGCCAGAUCUCUCUUGGGAGACAGCCACAGAGUAUGGAAGUCCAGUGGCAAAAAAUUGGUGAUAAUAACUAUGUCAACAUCUACCAGUUCAAAGCUCCCUCUGGCUUGGAAACAUUUGGGCAAGGAUACAAGUCCCGGACAAUGAUGACUAAGGAGGGACUGCCCAAUGGAAAUGUGUCUUUGAAGCUGAAGAAUGUGCAAGUGACUGAUGAAGGAACCUACAGGUGCAUUGUUAAGUCUACUGGCUGGAGUGAUAACACCCAAACAGUUCUUUAUGUUGCAGGCAUGGGAAUGGUGUCAAUUGAGAUUUUGGGUCCAGAAGGAGAGGGGAUCAAACUGGCUUGCAGAUCUUCGGGAUGGUUCCCCCGUCCUGAACUCCAGUGGCUAGUGGAGGACACUCAGAAUCAUCCAUUUGAACUUGAGCAGGAUCAUGAGCAGCUGUUCAGUGUUUUUAGCUCUAUAACAGUCUUGAGAAGCACAAGAGAAGUUACCUGUUUAGUCCACGAUAAAAGCCAUCUGCAGCUGAAACAGAAAUCCACCAUCUUCCUUUCACGUGAGGACAAAGUCAUUGCUCCACAGGAAUUUUUUGAAAUCUGCCAAAAAGAUAGGCAGAAGGCAUUGUUGGAAAGUGUACUAUUAUUAAAGGCAAUACUAACACCAAGUCUUUCCAUUUCAGAAAGCGCACAAACUGAAUUAGACUUUAGGAAGGCCAAACACUACCUAGUUCCUGUUCAUCUGGAUCCACACUGUAAACAUCCUGAACUUGCAUUGUCUGAAGAUCGCAGCAAAGUCCAACACAAUCUCACAUCUUCAAAAGCAGCUGCCAGUCCUGGAGCCCUGAUUGUAGUGGGAACAGAGAGGUUCAAGCAGGGGAGGCAGUAUUGGCAGGUAGGGGUGUGGGACAAACCAGACUGGGAAUUAGGAGUGCUGACAGAGACCACAAGGGAUAAGCUGAAAAAACAGAAGUUUGAUCCCCCCCCGGAGGAGGGAUACUGGUCCCUGAGAAAAUCAAAUGGAAAAUAUCACUUUGAAGAGGCAGAUCGUAAAAUCUGUGGUCAUUCUGUUGAGCCUCAAGUGGUUGGAGUUUAUCUGGACUGGGAAGGGCACACUGUGUCGUUCUAUAGCGUAAACAGCACAACAGCCAUUUGGAAGACUCCUAUAGAAACAUCUGAGAAGCUGUAUCCAUUUUUCAGUCCUGGCCACUCUAAGGUGGGAGACGAAGUGAAGCCCCUCAUCAUCUGCCACAACAGUGACUGGGAUUUCCCUUCACAAUUAGGACAACAAAAUUUCCUCCUCAGUUCCAGUAAUGAUGAAAAGGCAAAUACAAGGGUAACAGAAAACUCACAAGAGUCAGGAAUAACAAUUAAUAAGCUGAGAAUGAUCAAAUAUACACUGAAGUGA